UCAGGUUUACGGCCCUGCGGGUUUUCAGAAGCAAGUUUAGGACGUGUUGUUUUCUUUUCACGGAUCCUGCCCUUUCUUCCCGGAAAGAAGACAGCCUUGGGUCCCGAUUGUGGGGCUUUGAAGAGUCCUGGAGUGGGAAUUUCUAGAAUUUGGAAUCGAGUGCAUUUUCUGACAUUUGAGUACAGUACCCAGGGGUUCUUGGAGAAGAACCUGGUCCCAGAGGAGCUUGACUGACCAUAAAAAUGAGUACUGCAGAUGCACUUGAUGAUGAAAACACAUUUAAAAUAUUAGUUGCAACAGAUAUUCAUCUUGGAUUUAUGGAGAAAGAUGCAGUCAGAGGAAAUGAUACGUUUGUAACACUCGAUGAAAUUUUAAGACUUGCCCAGGAAAAUGAAGUGGAUUUUAUUUUGUUAGGUGGUGAUCUUUUUCAUGAAAAUAAGCCCUCAAGGAAAACAUUACAUACCUGCCUCGAGUUAUUAAGAAAAUAUUGUAUGGGUGAUCGGCCUGUCCAGUUUGAAAUUCUCAGUGAUCAGUCAGUCAACUUUGGUUUUAGUAAGUUUCCAUGGGUGAACUAUCAAGAUGGCAACCUCAACAUUUCAAUUCCAGUGUUUAGUAUUCAUGGCAAUCAUGACGAUCCUACGGGGGCAGAUGCACUUUGUGCCUUGGACAUUUUAAGUUGUGCUGGAUUUGUAAAUCACUUUGGACGUUCAAUGUCCGUGGAGAAGAUAGACAUUAGUCCGGUUUUGCUUCAAAAAGGAAGCACAAAGAUUGCGCUAUAUGGUUUAGGAUCCAUUCCAGAUGAAAGGCUCUAUCGAAUGUUUGUCAAUAAAAAAGUAACAAUGUUGAGACCAAAGGAAGAUGAGAACUCUUGGUUUAACUUAUUUGUGAUUCAUCAGAACAGGAGUAAACAUGGAAGUACUAACUUCAUUCCAGAACAAUUUUUGGAUGACUUCAUUGAUCUUGUUAUCUGGGGCCAUGAACAUGAGUGUAAAAUAGCUCCAACAAAAAAUGAACAACAGCUGUUUUAUAUCUCACAACCUGGAAGCUCAGUGGUUACUUCUCUUUCCCCAGGAGAAGCUGUAAAGAAACAUGUUGGUUUGCUGCGUAUUAAAGGGAGGAAGAUGAAUAUGCAGAAAAUUCCUCUUCACACAGUGCGACAGUUUUUCAUGGAGGAUAUUGCUCUGGCUAAUCAUCCAGACAUUUUUAACCCAGAUAAUCCCAAAGUAACCCAAGCCAUACAAAGCUUCUGUUUGGAGAAGAUUGAAGAAAUGCUUGAAAAUGCUGAACGGGAACGUCUGGGUAAUUCUCGCCAGCCAGAGAAGCCUCUUGUACGACUGCGAGUGGACUAUAGUGGAGGUUUUGAACCUUUCAGUGUUCUUCGGUUUAGCCAGAAAUUUGUGGAUCGGGUAGCAAAUCCAAAAGACAUUAUCCAUUUUUUCAGGCAUAGAGAACAAAAGGAAAAAACAGGAGAAGAGAUCAACUUUGGGAAACUUAUCACAAAGCCUUCAGAAGGAACAACUUUAAGGGUAGAAGAUCUUGUAAAACAGUAUUUUCAAACCGCAGAGAAGAAUGUGCAGCUCUCACUGCUAACAGAAAGAGGGAUGGGUGAAGCAGUACAAGAAUUUGUGGACAAGGAGGAGAAAGAUGCCAUUGAGGAAUUAGUGAAAUACCAGUUGGAAAAAACACAGCGAUUUCUUAAAGAACGUCAUAUUGAUGCCCUAGAAGACAAAAUCGAUGAGGAGGUACGUCGUUUCAGAGAAACCAGACAAAAAAAUGCUAAUGAAGAAGAUGAUGAAGUCCGUGAGGCUAUGACAAGGGCCAGAGCGCUCAGAUCUCAGUCAGAGGAGUCUGCUUCUGCCUUUAGUGCUGAUGACCUUAUGAGUAUAGAUUUAGCAGAACAGAUGGCUAAUGACUCUGAUGAUAGCAUCUCAGCAGCAACCAAAAAAGGAAGAGGCCGAGGAAGAGGUCGAAGAGGCGGAAGAGGGCAGAAUUCAGCAUCGAGAGGAGGGUCUCAAAGAGGAAGAGCAGACACUGGUCUGGAGACUUCUACUCGUAGCAGGAACUCAAAGACUGCUGUGUCAGCAUCUAGAAAUAUGUCUAUUGUAGAUGCCUUUAAAUCUACAAGACAGCAGCCUUCCCGAAGUGUCACUACUAAGAAUUAUUCAGAGGUGAUUGAGGUAGAUGAAUCAGAUGUGGAAGAAGACAUUUUUCCUACCACUUCAAAGACAGAUCACAGGUGGUCCAGCACAUCAUCCAGCAAAAUCAUGUCCCAGAGUCAAGUAUCGAAAGGGGUUGAUUUUGAAUCAAGUGAGGAUGACGAUGAUGAUCCUUUUAAGAACACUAGUUCUUUAAGAAGAAAUAGAAGAUAAUAUAUUUAAUGGCACUGAGAAACAUGCAAGAUACAGAAAAAAUGAAAACGUUACAAGCUAAGAGUUUACAGUUUAAGAUUUUAAGUUUUGUUUCCUGAGCAUGACUCCAUAAGUAAGAAAUUUCUAGCUCACAGACAUAUACAAUAGCAUUGAUUCACCUUGGUGUUUUAACCUGGUUGUUAUAGUAAGAGCUUUGUUUCAAUAUCAUUCUUGAGUAAAGAUUAAAAUAAAGCUGCCAUUUUACAUUUCUAUUUCAUGAUGAAAAA